AUGUCGACCUUGACACGCACCUUUAAAAAUCUGUGGAGGGUUGGACUACGCGAUGCCGCUCACCAGAUGCAUAACUGCACAGGUGACACUAAAGCUGGUACUUUAAUUGCAACAGAUCGAUAUGGUAACAAAUACUUUGAGAACUUGAAAGAAGAAUUACCAUUGAGAACACGAUGGAUUGACUACAAAGACCAUGAAUUCGACCCAUCACACAUCGAACCUGGCUGGCACGCUUGGGUUUCCUAUAUGGUUGACAAGCCUCCGACACAAGAUGUUCUUCUCCAGUCGAAGAAAAAUCUCUGGGAAUUACCAGGACACAAACCACACCCAACAGCGACUAGAGGUGCGUUUAAAACAUAUUCAACUGUCAAACCCAAGAUUACGACCUGGAAUGCUGUGGCAGCACCGCGCGGUUGA